UGGAAGAUGAGAUGAACAGAAAGCCGUCAGAGGACCUGCAGUGGGUGUUGAAGCUUCCACGACGCUUUGAAGAACUCAUGACUCGUCUUGGCAGUCCAUUGGCAGGUUUUCAUUCAGCCGCUUCCUCUGAUCACACAGAAAUUAGAGCAAAGCGACAAGAGGCAGCAAGAAGGAAAGAAACAAAGACAGAAAGGUGUUUUAGACAGAGGGAGUCAUGGACGCGCUGAGGACAGGUGUGUUUGUGCUGUUUCUGCUCCCAGCGCCUGUUUCCUGCUCAGUGUUUUCUGCUUUCUCUCAUCCGGUCAUCUGCUACUUCUUGGAUGCUUUUCUGCUGGUUUACUGCAUCGUUGCCACAGCGUUGUUCUUCAGAGAAAAGUUCUCUGAUCUUCCAUCUGAUGCCAAACCUGAAAGUAACGGUGACGUUUACCAGGAACUUGAGAGGCCGACGGAUGCAGAUCCCUACCAGGUGCUUGAGCCAUCAAGAAAAAAGAGAAAAGCUGGCAAGAAGAAACCCGGGUCCAACAGAGACCCCUACGAGUGUCUGACUCCCUCUGAAGCCCCUCCAGCUCUGCCUCGCCGCUGACGUCCUGAUGUGACAAACUCAGCUCCAGCAAUCAUUUAAGUCAUUUAGAAGGAAAAGAAAGGGUUCAUUCUGGAGCUUCAGCUUCUCACAUGUGAGACUGUGCCCUUAUACAGUAGAUAUCUUUGUUCUUUGUAAUGUUACGUUGAGUUUCUGCUGCACUGUGAUCAGCCGUUUCCACAGUUUUUGGUCACUUUUCAUUUUUGCAUUUAAACAUAAUGGAGUGGCUAACAUGCUAACGCUAUAGAAGUGACAUUUAGCAUUUUAAAUUAGCGCCCAGCUCAAGCUAACAUCUUUAGUAUCGCUACAAAUGUUUCUUUAUAUGAAUCCCAAUAAAGACAAAGCACAUGUGAAAACA